AGUAAACCAAUGGAGAUCAAAUUAUUGUGCGCAUGACUGACUCAUGUCGGAAACCUAUUGAGCCUUGAAGUAAUAAUCAGAUAAUAUUCAUGAAACUUCAAUUUCUAUUUAUUUUGUUUACAAUACGGAUUUUAGUAGCUGUGCUCCGUAAAGUGAAACAGCUAGUAAUUUGUGUUUUCGUGAUAUGUCAACGAAAAGUUCAACAAUGCCGUGGCUUUAAUUUAUCAUUAAUAAUGGCUCAGGCUCAAAUCGAUUGUUGCAAAUCUGUUAGCAGUUGUAGUAAUAAUACGCAUUUUCGAGAAUCGGAUAAACAAAUAGAAAACCAAGAUGGUACGGUCUCUAGUGUACCAGAAUGUGCCGUAUGUCUACAAAUCUGUGUUCAUCCCGCUCGUCUUCCAUGUACUCAUGUUUUUUGUUAUUUAUGCGUGAAAGGAGUUGCAAAUCAAAGUAAACGAUGUCCAAUGUGUCGACAGGAAAUUCCAGCAGACUUUUUAGAACGACCACAAUUAGUUGAGUUAAUUGAUCAAGUUGAACAAAAAGAAGCUAUUGCUGAGACAGAUGAUUCUUCACACGAGGAGUAUCAAUGGUUUUAUGAAGGAAGAAAUGGUUGGUGGCAGUAUGAUCCAAGGACAAGUUUAGAAUUAGAAACGGCUUACAAACAAGGAAAACGCUCGUGUGAACUUCUUAUUGCUGGUUUCUUGUAUAUAGCUGAUUUUGGUUCAAUGUUACAGCUGCGGCGUAACGAUCACUCUAGGAGAAGACAUAUUAAACGAGAUCUUUAUAAUGUACCAAAGAAAGGCGUUGCAGGUUUAAGAUUAAACAAUGCGCCACUGCGAGAACAAGAAGAUCAGCAACAGCAACAGCAACAUAUAACUAGAGAAAUUCGAGGAUCCGAGAGAUCUGGAAGUCCGUCAAGUGAUAAUAUAGGCGAUGGAACUAAUACUCCAAUACCACCUAGUAAUACACCUCAAACGCCAGCAGAAGGUACAGCGAGUGGAGACGCGACACCCUCAGCUGCUACAAGACUACUGGAUCAUCAAAGAUCUGAUUCAUUACAUCAAGUUUUGGAACAAAUGCGUUCUUUAGUAUCGAGGGAAAAUUUUUCAUCAAAUAAUCAACAAGAUGCGCAGGAUAUCAUCGAUGAUGGCUCGUUUGCCGACCAAUCUCUAUUACCAUGGCUACAGCAAACACCAACUAACACAUAUUUAUCGGAUGAUGAGCAUAUGUGAGAAUUUUAGCAUGUAAUUUAUCUAAUGCAUAAUAGUAACUAAGUCAAAAACAAGAUGAAUAUCAAAUUGAAAAAUGAAAAAAAAUAGAUAAU